AUGUCCCAAAAACACGACGAGCCCCCCGCCUACGGCAACAACCCCGCAUACCCGCAACAGGCCUACUACCAAGGCGGCCCGCCGCCGCCCCAGGGCGCGGCCGGCGGCUACUACCAGCAACAGCAGCCGAUGGGCUACGGCGGACACCCGCAACAGGGCCCGCCGCCGGGCGGCUACUACCAGCAGGGCCCCUACCCGCCGGGGCAGCAAGUGCAUUAUCACCAGCAGGAGCAGAAGAGCAGUGGGCCGCGGUCGUCGGCGCGGUGGGUUGGUCGCCCAGAGGCUGGUUUCUUGGACACACAAAAGACUAUUUGGGGGGGCAUAGAUGGCUCUGCGCCUCGCCUUGUACGAACGUCGCAAAUUCCGGUGCAGCUUGGAAAACGAUUGGGCUGCCUACGAGAUUGA